AUGUUGCGGCUUCGCCUCCUGCUCUUCUUGCUCUUCUUCGGUCAGGAAAAGGCGGAGCAGGCUGAGUUCCUCGAGAAGGAGAAGACCGAAGAGCUGCAAAGUCGCGUUGCGACGCUGGAAAAGGAGAUCUCCUUCUUGAACCGGAUCUCAGAACUCGAAGCCGAGAUGCAGGUCUUGCGCAAGCAGCUGGCGGACUGCGAGCGAUCGUGGGACACGUCCUCUAAAGCUGCAAACACAGGGACCUCAUCUGAAUACACUGUGUUCAGUGUUGCGGCCGCUUUGACCAACGACCUGGCCAGUGCACUGUUGCCGAUGGUGUUGGGCAUCCUAGCUUACGUUUCUGCGACCACUGGCUUCGCUCGUGAUGAGAAGCUGAAGAAAGCUCGCCACGGCUGCAGCUCGACAGAUGGAGAGCCCUUUGCUGCACAUGCUUUGAGCAGCUCCUCCGGGAAGAAAGUCCAACCGAAGCGCCGGGGAGGCGAUUCACCUACGACGAAGUCGCUGAUGGCUAGGGAAGAAGAUGAAACAAGGGAGGCUAUUGGAACGUUGCCUGAUCCGGAUCCUCCGGAUCCUUGUUGCCAUGACGUUCCUGAUGUUCCUUGCCAGAACGUCUCCAAGGAGGAAGUUCCUGCGGCAAGUCCACUGCCGGAGUCGGAUGAGCCCUCACCAUCAGAGCAAGCAGAAGACGUGAGAUGCUACCUCAGUCUCAGUGAGGUUCCUCCUGGGCUUCCACCUCCGUUUCGCCCACCUCCCGGGCUAACAAGGGUGGAGCCGCUGCCAGUGUUUCAACUGGACUUGAACAGGGCGCAGGGUGCGGCAGAUGCUGUGGUGGUCGAUGGCGAUAUCUACCCGCCCGACGCCCUUCUCAACAUGGCGCCCGGGCUCGACAGCCUGCAGAGCCUGCAGGGCUUGCAGGGCUUGGAGGAAGGUGAGGACGAGGAGGACGUGAACGGGGAAACAGCUGCCUGUCACGAGGAUCCUCCGCAGGAUGGCCCUGAGCAGCCGCAAAUCACACCAAAUGCCCACGAAGAUGAAGUCUGGCCGGAAGCUGAGGAUGACAGAGAGGAUGGCGAGGAGGAGGAGGAGGAUGAGGAGGAGGAAACAGAGGAGAGAUCAGAGCCUGAAGAGCAGGCAACGAAACUCCCCGAAGAACAGGUCGAGGAGAACGAUCUCAACCAGCUGGCAGAUCACAAGAAUCACAAUUCCAGCGGGACGAAUGGAAACGUAAGCCACAAGAGGCCCAAGAAGAAGCACGGCAGUGCCGAGGCUUGCAAGGACAGAGGACGGCGUGCAAAACAGAAGCGGCCGGAAAGGGAUUCAGCAGAUCCAAAAUCCAAAGCAAAAAAGAGGUCUGCUAGCCCUGAUCAGCCUGAGCUGGAGCAACGGAAGUGUCGAUCAAACAUCGUGCUCAUUGCUCUGGCAGUUGCCGUGAUAGCUGGUAUUGGUUACAAAGUGAUCGGGGCCUUUCCGGCACGUCAAAGCAACUUCUCGUCCUUCAUGGAGGAGUCACUACCGGAGCACUGUACGAACGAAAUACCAGGUCAUGUCGUAGUGAUGGGCCCGGAGUACAAGCUUCCGAAAAAAAUUGUGGAAACAAAGCCGAGCAUCUCCUUGCAUGCACCAUGCUUGCUGAAAAGCUUCCAGAAGGUAAGCAAGAAGUACCGGCCGACAGGGAAUUGGCAUUGGUACAAGACGGGACAAGCUUCUGGAGAGCAGCUGAGCAUUCAACAUUCCCAUGAGCCUCCGAUCUUUUCGGCGCGUGCGAGAGAUGACAGUGCCGUGGUCACUUUCCUUACGGACAACAUCUUUCCAAAGUUUGGCGAAUUGAACGACAUGAGCUACGAGUGGUAUGUGCUUCAACAGGAUGCAGGCUUCGUUGCGAUGCUGCCAGAUCCGGCCGCACAUGAGUCCCUGCAGGAGGCUCAGAGACAUUGGCGGCCCCUUUUCCAGAAACUGGCCCACACCUUCUACCCAAGAUAUUUCAUGGCCUAUGCAUCCACCUUUGACGAAAAGUCCCUGGAGUGGAUUCGGAAGGACUUCGGUGUAACCUCUUUCCCAGCGGUUGUAGUCUACACAGGACACCCGCAAGACGAACUGCAGAUUGUCCAGCAAGACGUCCGGGAAAUGACAUACGACAAUUUAGCACAGCUCAUCCAGGAUGUGGAGGACGGUUGCAUGACGUGGCUGCAUCCGAUCCUUACUUUUUCCGAUUUGAAGCCCAUUACGGAGAAGCAACGACACCUACCAUCCUUAGAAUUCGAUGUUGUGUUCGGAGCUCGUGACUCCGCACAUGGCAAGCUGGGCAUGCCUGAGGACUGUGGCGCACUGCUGCCACAGGCGCCCUAUGCUGGCAAAUGGGUUCCGUUGAUCACGUGUCCAAAGGUCACGGUUGACUUUGCUUGCAAAUUCGCUGGCGUUGGUCCGGAUGACGUGGCAUGCGAUCUGGGCUGUGGAUUGGGUGGUUGGUGCAUCGCAGCCGCAGAGUGCGGAGCGAAAGCAAUUGGCCUUGACAUCAAUCCGGACAACCUGAAGCAGGCGCGGGCAAGCGCCGAGCACGCAGGCGUCGGAGAUUUGUGUACAUUUCGGGAGUGUGAUUUCACAUCGCCCAGCUUCUCACUGCCUGAGGAUGUCACGGUGUUGUUCGUGUACCUGCUCCCGUGGGCGUUGGAGUUUUUGGAGGGCGUAUUCUUGCAAGCUAUGCGACGCGGUUGCCGCUUGGUGUCUUUUCAAUUCCACCCUGCCAACUUUGAACCUGUCGAAGUGUCACUGUUCGGUGGACUCAAGAUGUAUAGGCAGCAGAAUAUGGGCGACAUGUGCCAAGGUGCAGAAGCUCAAGGCCCAGAUAAGGAUUGUGAAUCCUUCUUGCACUCCAUGGACUGA